AAUGUUAAAAAAAUUUAAAUACUACAUAUACUCUCAAAUUCGUGCUCUUAUAUAUAUUGACCGUCAAGGGUGUUAGUCAUAUGUUAAUUUAUCAAACAACGUUAUUUUGGAUAAAUUAUCUAAAAUUAACAAAUUUUAAAUACUAGGUGAACUCUCAAAAUCAUGCUCUUAUAUAUAUUGACCGUCAAAUGUGUUAAUCAUCCAUUAAUUUAUCAAACAACAUCAUUUUGGAUAAAUUUUGUAAAAUUAAAAAUUAAAAAAAACUACAUGAACUCUAGAAAUUGUUCUGAGUACUGGGCCAAAUAUAUAGAUAACUAGGUAGACCGCAUGCACGCAUGUGCGGGGCAUUAACAUGAUUCAUAUAUUGCAUAUAUAUGUAUUAUUUUUAGUGUAUAAGUAUGUAGUAAUUCUCUCUCAAUCUCUAUGUAUCAUUCUGUCUCACUAAGUUCAAUGUUAUAAUACAUGUUUGAGCCAUUGACUAUUAUUCAUAACAUAUCAUAUGAUUAUACACCUUGAACCAAAAAAUAAAUCAAUGCAAUCUCAUAAGAUUUAAAAUCCUGCCCAACAAAGAUAUUGAUUUAGAUUUCAUUAUAGUUUUAUUUUAAGUGUAAAAAAAUAUAUUCACAUAAAACACAACAAAAAAAAAAUAGAGAACAACAAGUUUUACAAAGGCCUCAUAGCCCCCAUGCCUCCGAACAUAAGGGUCACUGUUAAGUAGUGAUUGCCUGAACUCCUCAACCUCCGGCAAACACGGGUUGAACCUGAAGUCAGAUAAUCUACCUUUGGUCUCAAGCCAUUUAUCAUCAUCAUCAAAAUAUUUUGUAUAUAUAAGUUUAGGAAAAUUUUUAUUCAAUUAAAACUAAACACAUAAUAUAAUACACUUACUUAUAAACCUCCGGAUUCUCCACAUCUUGAGGACCAAAAUCACCUCUCCACGACCCCUCAUGUUUUCAAACCCAUCCUGGAAGGCAUUAGCAUGACCGCCAGUUGCCACACAUUUUAUCUCACUCUCGCUAUUAUGAAUAAAACAUUGUAUGUCAAUUAUACUAAUGUAAAAAUUUGGUCGUGAUCAUAUGUUACUUUCUAUUUACAUGUUGUCCCUUAUAUAAAAUACCAUCUUUGGUCCUGCAGAGUCAUCGAAAUGGACUUCCGUGUUGAAGACCACUCCCAUUAUAUCUACAAGAUAGGUGUUUUCGCUUAUGUUACUUACAUAUAUAUUAUCUGAAAUAUAUUUUUGUAGUUGGCGUUAGUACCCAAGGGAUAGUUUAUGUUCUUGAUAUGAGGGAUAUCAUGAAUACAUUUGAAUUCCAUGUAAUGAUGAUUUUUCAGAGGAUCGAUGAUGUGUAAUUUAUUAUCAGGCGUAGCCGAUAGUUUGAAUCGUGAGUUUGUUGUAUUGAAACCUUGAUAGACAUGAUCAAUUUCUACCCGAAUAUUUCAACCCAGUAUCCCUCUUGGUUCUCUAGGUCUCUAAAUCUAUAUGCACUACCAGAAUAAACGGUCAUCUCCAUCUUGGUUCCCUGCAUAAUCAAGUUUUAGUUUGCAUUGUUGCAUUUUAUUAGAAAAUUAAGAGAAUGAUUUUACAGAUACAGCCUCAUCCACUAGUAUAUAACUCCAAUUGGAUCCACAACCAGAAACAUAGGAUCUGAAAGAAUGGAUCCUGAGUAUUUUAACUCUAAAAUGCCAUGACGUGAUGCUAGUGUUAUACACAACAUUAGCAAGCAUAUUGUAGUGUGCCAUAUUGUUAGAAACCUGAGAGAUUAUGUGUCGUUUCUUUGCUUUUCGGUGAAUUAUGUGUUAUGUUUUGCAAAGAAAUGUUAGUGGGAGAGAGCAAACUGUAUAUAUGUAAUGGGAGAGAAGGAGAGGAUUAAAUGGAGUGGAGUUUAAAUUUAGUGACUUGACUAAACAUUACAGGCAGAAGAUAUAGACAAAUGUAAUCAUAAUUAUCUCCAAAAGAGGCGACUGUUCUGGAGAAAAGUUUUGUAUGUUAGAGGAUCACUAAAUCAAAGGUUUUAUCACCUCCUCCAAAUAAAUUAACUUAUAUAUCUCUCACUAAUAAUCAUUUUAUUUUCUCUGUUCAUUACAGUUUAGGAAGACACAUGGAGAACUUGAAUUUGGCUUCCCUCCCUCCUUCGAUCAUUCAUCAGAUUCUCUCCGAGGUAGUAGCAAACAAUAUCUGCGACGUCGGCCAAAUAUGUAGAUGGUAUGAUGAACUUAGCAUUUAGCAUUGAUCAUAGAUGAUUGGUUCACAACUAUUCUGGUUUUACUCGUGAACAUGUUGAUCAGAUAUCUCACAUGAUCACUACUCAGGAAGUAUCAGGCUAUUGGGAUCACGAUAAAUAUGGGAUGUUUUGGUCUCUAUUUGAAAGAAUAGAUGCUAACGUCUCUUCUCAUUUGCUUGCUGGUGCUCCAAAAUAGAAGAACAUGUGUUUGUAGUCUCCACAGAUGGAUCAAAAACAAAGCGGAGAUGUGAUCAUUGUUUAUGGAAGUAUGCAGCCUAGACCUUCUGCAAUGAAAUAUAUUCGACUGCUUAUGAGUGGCCAAUUAAAGAUUAUUUAUGCGUUGACAUGUAUUUUUUUAACAAAAGGUACUCUCAAAAACCUUAAUAUAAUUUAUGUACUCUUAAUAGUACAAUAAACAAAUUAAAAAGACAAACAAAUAAUAAGUCUCAGUGACACAGCAAGCAACAUCACGAACUAUAUCAAUCACAUGAUUAUUAACACAGUUUAGUCCUUCAUAAGUGAAGAACAAUGCAUACACCGUUCAUCAUCAUACUCUAACCCUAUAACAAUAAAAAAAACUUGAAAAACAAUGAUCAACCCAAAACGUAAAAUUCAUAACUACAAUAACCCGAACAAAUAUUGAGAUGAAACAAGAACUUUAUCCACACCUCCGCGCUUGUCCUUAAUUAGGUUUCAGGGCCUAAAAUUCUCAGGAAUUUUACGGAAUUCGAUAAGGUGUGCAAUUCGAUUAAACAGCCCUUGUGGUAGGUGAAGAAUUUUACGGAAUUUCCUCAACAAUGCUUCAAGACUUUUUUUUUCUAAACAAAAAAGUUUCUUCAAUUAGUUUUAAAUGUUAUAAGACCACCAAUCAUCUUCUCAACUCUCUCUCAGCUUGGGCUUCUCUUUCAUACGAAAGAACUCAAAGCUUCAAAACUUAAUAUCGUUAAUGCGCCGUCAGUUUACUCUUAAAUUCAUAUUAUCAUCUUACCAUCAUUAACAAAAUGCAAGCCGCUACGUCGUGUGAUCUCAAGUUCCGAUCAACAAAUCUGACGGCUAGUACUGCACGUCCCACCAACGGGAUGUCAAAGCGCGUGAAUGUCCUAUGCGGUUACAGGUCGAUGCCGUUCAGCUUCCGCAACGGCGUCUCCGUGAGCCGAGCAGAUUGGCAAAGCUCAAGCGCCAUUUUAUCAAGCAAAGUUGCUUCUGUAGAAGAUCCCGGUGGUUUAGCUGACAAAAUCGCCGUCGUUAAUGGUCACAAGAACGGCUCCGUCGAUCUCAGCCUCGUUCCCGUCGAGACAACCAACGGAAAACUAUCCCAGGUUCAACCGUUAACGAUCACCGAUCUAUCUCCGGCUCCGUUGCAUGGGUCUAACCUCCGAGUAGCUUAUCAAGGAGUUCCCGGAGCUUACUCGGAGGCAGCCGCCGGAAAAGCAUAUCCAAAUUGCGAAGCCAUUCCAUGCGACCAAUUCGACGUCGCUUUUCAGGCGGUGGAGCUUUGGAUUGCCGAUAGAGCCGUUCUUCCCGUGGAGAAUUCACUCGGUGGUUCAAUCCACAGGAAUUACGAUCUCCUCCUCCGUCACCGUCUCCACAUCGUCGGCGAAGUUCAGAUUCCAGUCCACCAUUGUCUCCUCGCGCUUCCGGGUGUCCGAACAGACUGCGUCUCGCGAGUGAUAUCUCACCCACAGGCGCUGGCUCAGACAGAACGAUCACUCGACAACCUCACCCCACGCGCGGCACGUGAGGCCUUCCACGAUACGGCGGCUGCAGCAGAGUAUAUAGCCGCUAACAACCUCCAUGACACUGCAGCUGUGGCGAGCGCACGCGCCGCGGAGCUCUACAACCUCCAGAUUUUAGCUGACGGAAUACAAGACGACACGGGAAACGUCACGCGGUUCCUGAUGUUGGCGCGUGAACCAAUUAUACCACGCACAGACAGGCCUUUCAAAACUAGCAUCGUCUUUGCGGCUCAAGAACACAAAGGAACCAGUGUCCUCUUCAAAGUCCUCUCCGCCUUCGCUUUCCGAAACAUCAGCUUGACCAAGAUCGAGUCGCGGCCGCACCACAACCGCCCUCUCAGGGUUGUCGGAGACGGGAGCUUCGGGACGGCGAAGAACUUUGAGUAUAUGUUCUACGUUGAUUUCGAGGCGUCCAUGGCGGAAACGCGUGCACAGAACGCGCUUUCAGAGGUUCAGGAGUACACGUCUUUCCUAAGGGUGCUGGGAAGUUACCCCAUGGAUAUGACGCCAUGGUCCAUGUCACCCACCGAAGAUGCAUGAUUCAUCGAACAUAAAGUAAACGCACCAAUAAGUUUAUUAAAUUAGAAUUUCUUUUUGUGUGAAAUUUGUAAUAUACAAUGAAAUUAAACGAACAAUUAAAAUUUGUUUUCACGUGGUCAUUAGGAGAAUAUAAAUUAAACGAACAAUGUUAUUACA